AUGAUAUCUACUCUCUCUCUCUCUCUCUCUCUCUCUCUCCUACUGUGUCUUUCAACAGCCACUUACAGUCCCCCUUUCUUCUACUAUCUACUCCCUCUCUUUCUCUAUCUCUCUUUCUCUCUUUCAAAUCUACUGUAUGUAUCAAUAUCCUCCUACGUUUUCUCUUGCCCCUCCCAUCUUCUUGCUCUCUCUCUCUCUCUUCUACUGUGUUUAUCAAUAGCUUUCUAUCGUUUCCCUUUCUUCUCCAUUCUACUCUCUCUCUCUCUCUUUCAUUGUGUCUAUCAAUAUCCUUCUACCAUUUCUCCUCCUAUCUACUCUUCCCUCCUCUCUCUCUCUCUUCUACCCUGUCUAUCAAUAUCUUUCUUUCGCUUUCCUUUCUUCUCCCAUUUACUACUCUUCCUCUCUAUACUUCUCUCUCCCUCUCUUUCUCUUCUACUGUAUCUGUCACUCUCUCUUUCCCUACUUUAUUUGCCUCUCGCCCUUCUUCUUUUUCAUUUAUCUCCGUCUCUCUCUCUCACUCUCUUUCAUCUGUCUCUUAAUUUUCAUUUUCACUCCCCAUUUCAUUCACUCUCCUACUACGACACCCAAUUCUCUCCCUCUCUUCCCUCCUCACUCUCACGCCUCUGUCCUCCCCCCCUUUUUGACUCUGUCCUAUUUUCCUUGUUUUCUUUCUCCCUUUUCUCUUCAUUCCAUUCUCCUUAUUUCCACACGCUCUCUAUUACUGUCUCUCUCCUUCUAUUUUUCCAUCUGUUUCCUUACUCACUCCCUCUCUCUAUUACUAUCUCUCUCCUUUUUUCCAUCUCUUUCCUUACUCUCUCUCUCUCUGACUGUCUCUCUCCUUCUAUUUUCCAUCUGUUUCCUUACUCAAUCUCUCUCUCUCCCUCUAUCUCUAUUACUGUCUCUCUCCUUCUUAUUUCCAUCUGUUUCCUUACUCUCUCUCUCUCUCUCUCUCUCUCUCUCUCUCUAUUACUGUCUUUCUCCUUGUAUUUUUCCGUCUUUUCCGUUUCUUUCUCCGUCUAUCAGUGUCUCUCUCCUUCUAUUUUUCCAUCUGUUUCCUUACUCUUUCUCUCUCUCUUUCUUACUGUCUCUCUCCUUCUAUUUUUCCAUCUGUUUCCUUUCUCUCUCUUUCUCUCUCUCUCUUACUGUCUCUCUCCUAUUUUUCCAUCUGUUUCCUCUCUCUCUUUCUCAUACUGUCUCUCUCCUAUUUUUCCAUCAGUUUCCUUACUCUCUCUCCCUCUCUCUAUAUCUCCCUCUCUCUAUCACUGUCUCUCUCUAUUAAUGUCUCUCUCCUCCUAUUUUUCCAUCUGUUUCCUUUCUCUCUCUCUCUCUCUUACUGUCUCUCUCCUAUUUUUCCAUCUGUUUCCUUUCUCUCUCUCUCUCUUACUGUCUCUCUCCUAUUUUUCCAUCUGUUUCCUUUCUCUCUCUCUCUCUCUCUCUAUUACUUUUCCUUUCUCUCUCUCUCUCUUACUGUCUCUCUCCUAUUUUUCCAUCUGUUUCCUUUCUCUCUCUCUCUCUCUUACUGUCUCUCUCCUUCUUAUUUCCAUCUGUUUCCUUACUAACUCUCUCUCUCUCUCUCUCUCUUACUGCCUCUCUCCUUCUAUUUUUCCAUCUGUUUUCCUUUCUCUCUCUCUCUCUUACUGUUUCUCCAUCCUUUUUUUCUCUCUCUCUCUCUCUCUCUCUCUCUCUCUCUCUCUACUGUCUCUCUCUCUUCUUAUUAUUUCCAUCUGUUUCCUUACUAACUCUCUCUCUCUCUAUUACUGUCUCUCUCCUCCUAUUUUUCCAUCUGUUUCCUUUCUCUCUCUCUCUACUGUCUCUCUCCUAUUUUCCAUCUUUUCCAUUCUCUCUCUCUCUCUCUCUCUCUCUCUCUCUGUACUGUCUCUCUCCUUCUUAUUUCCAUCUGUUUCCUUACUAACUCUCUCUUUCUCUCUCUAUUACUGCCUCUCUCCUUCUAUUUUUCCAUCUGUUUCCUUUCUCUCUCUCUCUCUCUUACUGUCUCUCUCCUAUUUUUCCAUCAGUUUCCUUACUCUCUCUCCCUCUCUCUAUAUCUCCCUCUCUCUAUCACUGUCUCUCUCUAUUACUGUCUCUCUCCUCCUAUUUUUCCAUCUGUUUCCUUUCUCUCUCUCUCUACUGUCUCUCUCCUAUUUUUUCCAUCUGUUUCCUUUCUCUCUCUCUCUCUACUGUCUCUCCAAUUUUUCCAUCUGUUUCCUUUCUCUCUCUCUCUCUCUCUCUCUCUCUCUCUUACUGUCUCUCCUUCUUAUUUCCAUCUGUUUCCUUACUAACUCUCUCUCUCUCUCUAUUAUCUGCUCUCUCCUUCUUUUUUCCAUCUGUUUCCUUUCUCUCUCUCUCUUACUGUCUCUCUCCUAUUUUUCCAUCUGUUUCCUUUCUCUCUCUCUCUCUCUCUCUCUCUCCUUCUUAUUUCCAUCUGUUUCCUUACUAACUCUCUCUCUCUCUCUCUCUCUCUAUUACUGUCUCUCUCUCCUAUUUUCCAUCUGUUUCCUUUCUCUCUCUCUAUUACUGUCUCUCUCCUCCUAUUUUUCCAUCUGUUUCCUUUCUCUCUCUCUUACUGUCUCUCUCCCUAUUUUUCCAUCUGUUUCCUUUCUCUCUCUCUCUCUCUCUCUCUCUCUCUCUCUCUCUCUAUAUUACUGUCUCUCCCUUCUUAUUUCCAUCUGUUUCCUUACUAACUCUCUCUCUCUCUCUCUCUCUCUCAAUUACUGCCUCUCUCCUAUUUUUCCAUCUGUUUCCUUUCUCUCUCUCUCUCUUACUGUCUCUCUCCUAUUUUUCCAUCUGUUUCCUUUCUCUCUCUCUCUCUUACUGUCUCCCUCCUAUUUUUCCAUCUGUUUCUUUUCUCUCUCUCUCUCUCUCUCUCUCUCUCUAUUACUGUCUCUCCUUCUUAUUUCCAUCUGUUUCCUUACUAACUCUCUCUCUCUCUCUCUCUCUCUAUAUUACUGCCUCUCUCCUUCUAUUUUUCCAUCUGUUUCCUUUCUCUCUCUCUCUUACUGUCUCUCCAUUUUUUUCCAUCUGUUUCCUUUCUCUCUCUCUCUCUCUCUCUCUCUCUAUUACUAUUCUUCUUCUUCUUCUUCUUCUUCUUCUUCUUCUUCUUCUUAUGUAUUAUUAUUAUUAUUAUUAUUAUUACUAUUAUUAUUAUUAUUAUUAUUAUUCUACUGCUGUUUCUUCUUCUUUUUCUUCUGCUCCGGCUUUUGCAUUUUUAUCUUUUUCCUCUCUUCUUCUUCUUCUUCUUCUUCUUCUUCUUCUUCUUCUUCUUCUUCCCCAUGA